GGGAGUAGAGGAAACCAAAGUUCUGGAGAACAGGCAACGCACACACAUACAGGCCGUAUCCGCAGUUACCUGCAACGUCAUAGAGUUUAUCAGUAGAGAAAAUGAUCCAGUGCGUGCAGGGGAUGCUGUUUUUGUCGGUGCUGGUGGCGUUCGCCGCCUGCAACGCUCCUCCGGUACCGUUAGACGACAUCUUCAUUGAGAAAACUUUCGUGCCAGAGCAGUGUGUGCGCGCAGUCAAAGUGGGGGAUUAUGUCAGGUAUCACUACAUUGGCACGUUUCCGGACGGCACGAAGUUCGACUCCAGUUAUGACCGUGGCAGCACCUAUAACGUGUUUGUUGGCAAGAAGCAGCUGAUCCAAGGGAUGGACAAAGCUCUGGUGGGGAUGUGUGUCAAUGAGAGAAGUCUGGUCAAGAUCCCACCUCACCUCGCCUACGGAAAACAGGGAUAUGGUGACAUCAUCCCCCCUGAUUCCAUCCUCCACUUUGAUGUCCUGCUGCUGGACGUGUGGAACCCGGAGGACGGCGUCCAGAUCAACACCUACCACCUGCCGUCCGUCUGCUCCAGGAAGGUGGAGGUGUCUGACUUCAUUCGCUACCACUAUAAUGGCACCCUUCUGGAUGGGACGCUGUUUGAUUCCAGCCACACCCGUAUGCGUACCUAUGACACUUAUGUUGGGAUUGGGUGGCUGAUUGCCGGUAUGGAUCAGGGCCUCCUGGGAAUGUGUGUUGGAGAGAGACGCAUCAUCACUAUGCCUCCUUCACUUGGAUAUGGAGAGAAUGGAGAUGGUAGUGACAUCCCAGGACAGGCGUCUCUGGUGUUUGACGUUGUACUUCUGGACCUCCACAACCCCAGAGAUAGUAUCUCAGUGACCAAUCAGAAGGUGCCCAAGACCUGCACAAGGAAGACUGUCGCUGGAGACUUUGUACGCUACCACUACAAUGGAAGCCUCCUUGAUGGAACAUUUUUUGAUUCCAGCUACUCUCGUAAUCGUACUUAUGACACCUAUGUGGGUCGAGGCUACGUGAUUGCCGGCAUGGAUGAGGGUCUGGUUGGAGUCUGUGUGGGAGAGAAACGCACCAUCACCAUCCCCCCACAUCUCGGCUAUGGAGAGGAGGGCACAGGCUCUAAGAUCCCUGGUUCAGCUGUGCUGGUGUUUGACAUUGACAUCAUCGACUUCCACAACCCGUCAGACAGCACUGACGUCACUGUCACGUACAAGCCAGAAGAGUGUGAUAAGCAAACCAAAAAGGGAGACUUUAUCAAAUAUCACUACAACGCCUCUCUGAUGGACGGCACACCCAUCGACUCCACGUAUAAUUAUGGAAAGACAUACAACAUUGUCCUGGGAGCCAACCAGGUCGUCCCAGGGAUGGAGGACGGACUGAUGGACAUGUGUGUGGGAGAGAAAAGGCACCUUGUUAUUCCUCCUCACCUGGGCUAUGGUGAGAGGGGAGUCACUGGCGAGGUUCCAGGGAGCGCCGUGCUGGUGUUCGAUGUCGACCUGGUAGAAAUGGAAGAAGGACUUCCUGAAGGCUACAUGUUCAUCUGGAACGACGAUGUGUCACCUGACCUCUUCUCUGAGAUGGACAAAGACAAGAACGAGGAGGUGGAGCCCUCUGAGUUUACCGACUACAUCAUACGGCAGGUGAACGAGGGUAAAGGCCGCCUGGCCCCUGGCUUCGAUCCUUAUCGCAUAAUUGACAACAUGUUCUCCAACCAGGACCGUGAUGGAGACGGAAAGAUCACAGAGACAGAGUUCAAACUUAAAGCGGAUGAAGCCGCCUCUCAUGACGAGCUAUGACGGGACUGAGUGUAAAACUCAGAUCAGGGUGUAGGCUGAAGGGUCAGACAGUGGGGGGUUGUUAUACAUAUGUGGGUGGUAGCCUAGAAAAAGAUGUGGUUGUAUGUGUAAAGUAAGCCAGUGUGGAGUGAGAAAUGUGCUGAGAGAUUUUAUUUUUAUUUUAUUUUGAAGACUUAGAUGAUGGUCAAAGGGCAUCUUGUCCUUUAAGUGCCAAAUGAGUCAGAGAAGAAAGAAGGACAAUUUAGGAAUAAGAAGAUUUUGAAAAAUUAAUGGUCAAAAGAAAACAAAUAAUUUGAGUAUUAUAAUGACAGUGAAUUACGUUUUUUUUUUUCCUACUCUCCCAUCAAGUUCUUGUCUUGUUUUAUUUGGCAUUUGUUUUAUUUUGAAGGGUACAAAAGCACUGGUGUGAGAGAACAAAUCAAAUCUCCCUUCCUGAUUUCUACGUUCAACACUCCUUCAUGACUUUUCUUUUCAAUGGGUAUCAGCUUGUCUGUGAAGUACCUGACCGUCUUCCAGCAGCAACGAAUCGGUCAUCACUUACUGUAAAAACAUUCUGAUGGAGAGAAGUUACAUUUUGAGAUACCACUCAUUUAUCAAUGAAAGUAAGUGAGCGCUUUAAGUUAUAAUAACAUUUUAUUUGCAUAGUUUACAGCUGACACCUUCCUCUGAUUUACUUAAAUGUCAGGAAUUCUUCUGUGUUUUCUGCACUUCAGAUCAUCCAAAAUACUUUCAGUGACUUCAGUCAACUAGUUGUUGCAUUGCUUGUUUUUGUCUUCAUCCAAAUGUCCUGAUUACAAUUUAAGACUUUGUGUGUGAGUGUGUGUGUGUGUGCGAGCGGGUGCGAGAGAGAGAAAAGUGUGUGUGAAUGUUGUUUUUGUUUUACUUUUUCAUUAAGGAGAAUACUGAGCCUUGAUGAUGACAAUGUCAACACAAAGUUUUAUUUCAUUAAAUGACCUGACCUAAACAUA